AUGUCUCACUUGGCUGCCUGUGACCGCAAGGGCUUUCCAGAUCUCCUGGGAAGUAAUGAGCUAUUUGCUUUGCCUUUCCAGAAAGCCAUUGAUCUGGUGACAAAAGCCACAGAAGAGGAUAAAGCCAAGAAUUACGAGGAGGCACUCCGGCUCUAUCAGCAUGCCGUGGAGUAUUUUCUUCACGCUAUCAAGUAUGAGGCACACAGUGACAAGGCCAAGGAGAGCAUUCGAGCCAAGUGCAUGCAGUACCUAGACCGGGCAGAGAAGCUGAAGGAUUAUUUACGAAACAAAGAGAAGCACGGCAAGAAGCCAGUCAAAGAGCACCAGAGUGAGGGCAAGGGCAGUGAUAGUGACAGUGAAGGGGAUAAUCCAGAGAAAAAGAAGUUGCAAGAACAACUGAUGGGUGCUGUGGUGAUGGAGAAGCCCAACAUACGGUGGAGUGACGUGGCCGGGCUGGAGGGAGCCAAGGAGGCCCUCAAAGAAGCUGUCAUUUUGCCAAUUAAAUUCCCACACUUGUUCACAGGCAAGCGUACACCUUGGCGAGGGAUACUGCUCUUUGGACCCCCUGGCACAGGGAAAUCGUACCUGGCUAAAGCUGUGGCAACAGAGGCCAACAACUCCACCUUCUUCUCUGUGUCCUCCUCAGAUUUGAUGUCUAAGUGGUUGGGGGAGAGCGAGAAGCUAGUCAAGAACCUGUUUGAGCUGGCCAGGCAGCACAAGCCCUCCAUCAUCUUCAUCGAUGAGGUGGAUUCCCUCUGUGGAUCCCGAAACGAAAAUGAGAGCGAGGCUGCCCGAAGGAUCAAAACGGAGUUUUUGGUCCAGAUGCAGGGGGUGGGGAAUAACAACGAUGGAACUCUGGUUCUUGGUGCCACAAACAUCCCCUGGGUGUUGGAUUCGGCCAUUAGAAGGAGGUUUGAAAAGCGAAUUUACAUCCCAUUGCCGGAGGAGGCUGCCCGCGCCCAGAUGUUCCGGUUGCACCUGGGGAGCACCCCCCACAACCUCACGGACGCCAACAUCCAUGAGCUGGCCCGGAAGACGGAGGGCUACUCAGGCGCGGACAUCAGCAUCAUCGUGCGGGACUCCCUCAUGCAGCCCGUCAGAAAAGUACAGUCAGCAACACACUUCAAAAAGGUCUGUGGCCCUUCCCGCACCAACCCUAGCAUCCUGAUCGAUGACCUCCUGACCCCGUGCUCUCCAGGAGACCCAAGGGCCAUGGAGAUGACUUGGAUGGAUGUCCCUGGUGACAAACUCCUAGAGCCUGUUGUUUGCAUGUCGGACGUGCUCCGGUCUUUGGCUACCACCCGGCCCACCGUGAAUGCAGACGACCUCCUGAAAGUGAAGAAAUUCUCAGAAGACUUUGGACAGGAGAGUUAGAAGCUGCUUCACUUGGGUGAUGCUGAAGGUGGGAGAUUGCCUGGAGCAAAUCCACAGCCCUGUCCACGCUGGUGGACAGACAGGGCCUUAAGGCUCAUCCUAAAGUCACUACAGUGUCCCCUCUGCUGUCUGGCCCCCAGCCAGGGAGCAGAAAGGAAGGGCCUCCGCAGCACAGAGACGCUCCACCGCCCGGCGGCACACAGUGGCUCCUGGCUCUUCCUCUCCUCUCCUCUCUUGGAUGCUCACCAGCCCCUUCUCCUGUCCCUCCUGUCUUUUUAAAAAAAUCUUGUUCCCCUAAAUUAAUGCUGCUUGGAUUUCCGUCAUGUUUAUAAACAAACUCACCUGGAAGCACCAAGGAAUGGGAGCAGCCGUGCUGUGGGAGGCACAGCAGUCCUCCAGAUGGCUGGCUAGGUCCCCCCGCCCCUGUUCCUUUUAUGCCCAAGUUUUGCUCCUCGAGAACAGACGGUCUAAUGCCCAUGGGUCCCCUGCCCAAGCUCUGCCUGCAAAGAGCAAGAGUAGGAAAAGCCAUUCCCACACUCCUGGGUUUGCAUCCAGGGCCCUGUGGCUUCCUUGCAGCAGGAGAUGGUUUCUGUGAGCACAAAGCCGCUUUGGUCAGAACGAGGGAAGGCAGCUGGGCAGGUCUUCACUGCUGCCUUUUCUUCCUGUGAAUGUGAGAACACUGAAUGCAGCCACUGCCCCGGGUCCCUAUCCUGGAAAUAGUCAAAUAAAUCCUUUUCCCUUCUUGAGC